CCCGUCGCCACGGCCGCCCAGGCGCCCGGCAAGCCACAACCGGCGCCCGGCAAGUCCCAAAGGCGCAAGAUGAAAGCCGACGCCGACGCGCUGCCGAAGCCUACGGGCGUCGCAUGGGCGCCGCUCGUGGCGCUCAUGCCGGUGCCUGGCGCUUCGAGCUUGGCGGCUUUCGAGGCCAAGCUCGCGGAGACGUGCGCCGGGCCGAACGUGAAGGACGACGCGCCCCGCGACGCGGCCAAAGCGCGCCGUCGCGCGGGCCUCGAGCGCCUCUCGAGGACGACGCAGGAGGGCCACACGAUCCUCCACCACGUCGUCGUGAACGCCGACGAGGUCGCCGCGGACGCUCUUAGGCGUUCCCUCGGCGCGGCACGCUGGCACGCGCUCGCCGAGGCGCCGGCGAACGACGGGCGGUCCGCGCGGCGACUGUCGCGGCGUCUGGGCCGCAAGCGCAUGCAGGACGUCUUCGACCGCUACGAAGCGCAAUACGAGGCCAAGGUCGCCAAGGCCAAGGCUAAGGAGAAGACUCGCGCAUCGGAACGAGAGACUGAGGCCGCGCGGCGCGCCACUUCCGCCCGCGCCGCCGCGCGCGAGGCCGAGUCCGCCCGCCGCCCCGAGGCCGCGACCUCGUCCGCCCGCGGCGCCGCCGCCGCGCGCGAGGCGGAGGCCGCCCGCCCCGAGGCCGCGGCCGCCGCGAAAGAAGACGUCGAGGUGAGGUUGAAGGCCCUGCAGAAGCUCGAGGCGUCGAUCGACGCGACGACGACGUGGGACGCGGAGAUGGUCGGCAAGGUCGACAAGGCGCUGUCGGCCUUCGGCGGCGGAUGCCUGGAUCCUCGGGUGGGGGCGGCGGUCGCGCGUAUCCGUGCGUCCGCCUCCGCGGCCCGGCGCGCCGCCGCGAUCGAAGCCGCCGCGGCCCCCGCGGCGGCGCCCGCGCGGGACGAGUCGGCGGCGCCCGCGGGGACUUUGUGUUAA